AUGGAAAAUCUUGAAAGAAUUACAAUUUUAACUAGAUCUUCAUCUCUAAAUGUUGAGAUUAAUAGUCAACCGAACAAUUCACCAACAUAUGAAGAGGCUGUUGCUAAUACUUCUUCAAGAAUAGAUACAGAAAUUGAAAUUACUGAAGAAGUAAUAACUUCUGAACAAG